UUAUUGUCGCUCUCAAUAGGAAUUUAAUAAAGUUUUAUGGGUACAAUGGCUAACAACAAGGACGUAAAUCAUAAUAUGCUGGUAUUUGUGCCUUAUGGUGUAGAAAUAAAUGAAUACUUUUUGCAUAUUUUACAUUCAAAUGAAAUAAUAAUAGAAGUUUUAGGCAAUAUAGAAAAGAAUGCCCGUAAAAGAGCUGAGGAUCGGAAAAAACUUUGUUUCAUAAUGAAAAAUCAUAAAACUUUGUUAGAAACUCAGUUGAAACAAACUAAACAAAAUAAGGAAAGUUUCCUUCCUGUUCUAGAGUCCUACAAAUCUAGAAAUCAAGUGCUCAAAAAUCAGUUAUUAUUAGCUACAGAUCAAAAAGCCUAUAUAGUCAAAGAAAGAAACGAAACUUUAAAAAAAUAUAAAGAAAAAUGGUUAUCAUCUAAAAACCUAUUUGAAAAUAUCCCUUUUAUAAAAAGGUUCAUUGAAAAAAAUAAUGAAAUAGAAACUGUAAAAAGGAGAAUUAAUUCUAUUACUAAUGAAGUUGAAAAAUUACGCUCUGAUAUUAUAUUAAAGAAAACUGAAUUAUUACAUGUGAGAAAUAAAAAUAUAGUAGAAUUGGCUGAUUAUAUGAUCAAUAAAAAACCUUUAAUUUUAAAACGUAUCUACGAGGCAACCAGUGGAAUUAAAAAGUUAAAAAAUGAAAAGCAAAUUAGUAAACCAGUUAUAAAAAAUAAAUUGCCUGCCUCUGGUUCAACUAAACCAACGGUCAAAGCUAAGAAGAUUUCUACUGAAGAUACUGUGAGCGCGUCUAGAGCUCGUAACACUUUUGUGCUACCACAAUUGCGCCUCACUGCGCAUACGGAUGCAGCUCCAAUUAACUUUGAUCAGAAAAUUAAUUGCACAGCUCGGCACGACACUGCAAUACCAAAAAAAAGUCCUUUCGAGUCUUUUAUCACAAGGAAAUUUCAUGCGUUAAAAAAAGAGAACAUCGCUGAAAAGAUUGGUGAAGUUAAUGUAUCAACUUAUUUAUUUGCGACACCUAAAACAAUGGAUCGCAAUAACACACGGAAAUACCCAGACGAUAAACUAAUACGUAUCUUGGAAGAUGUAAAGUUAGAUACAACUGGAACUUAUAAAAUUGUAUCUCAACUUAAGCCUGAUCAUUUACGGGAUGUGAAUGUUAUUAAAGCUAGAGAAUCUCAACACGAUUUGAAGACUUGUCCACCUCAGGAAAAUGUUAACAAAAACAUUACUGAGGAUAUCGAGAUACUAGAUUUGACAAAGAAAGUGUCACAGGAUGUUAUAUUACCGCCUACUCAGUUUUUAGAUUUUACUCUGAGCCCUCAAGAGAAAAGAGUUACAUUUAAUGGAGUAAUAACAAUUGAGGAUUUACCAAAGGCAACUAAUGACACAAUACCUCAAGGUGAUGAUGUAAUAAAUAAUCCGGCUAGCAACCAACUAAAUGCUAGCACGGCCAGCGAUGAUAGCUUCAAGAAGAUCAAAGAUUUUGUAUUCAAAAAACGCAAUAUAAAUCUAUCCCCAGAAUUUACAUAUACCAAAAAUGUAGUUGUACCCAUGGCUGCAGAAAAUAAAAUUGUUGCUUCGAAAUUUUUUGAUGAAAAGCAACAAGGCGAUAACAAUAUCGACAGUUCAAGGAUACACAAUAUGGAAAUUGUAGAGAUUGUUGAUGAACUUAAACAGAUACAAGAAAUUCAUGCAGAAACAAUAAAUCAAACUAAUACUACAUCUGACAACACAUUUGAGGCUCAAGAAUGCGCACAAAAAGAUGAUGCCCCUUUAGCUGCACCAUCUAAUGCAAAUUGCAUUCGGGAUAUACCUGGCUCCCUGAAUAUUUCUAUGAACAAAACAGGCUAUGAAGAUGAUGGAGAAUUUCCACAUUGCAUUGAUUCAAGCCUUCUUUUGUCACCAAAAGCCGAUGAUGAAAUCCAAACGAAUAAUAAUAACAAAGUAGAGAGACAGCCUCGGGAGGUGCCAAGCUUUUUGUCAGGAUUUAGGAGGACAGGCUUUUCUUUGUUCGGGACAAACGAAGCUGAUGCACAAAACCAGAAUAAUAACUUUAAUUUCAACUUCGGUGGAAAUGAGAAGACAAAGAAAGGUGGAUUUUUCAAUAUGUUUUAGUAAAUUACAAAAAAAAACUAAAAAUAAUAUAAUAUAAUAAAAAUAAUAAUAAGUAAUAAAAUAAAAUAUGUAACUACUAAAUAAUUAAUUGUUAUAUCAAUAAAAACAAAUUAAUAGUUACUAACGUACUUCCAAAUUGGAUUAUCUACAUUGUUUUGUUGUAAAGGUAGGUACAUGCACAAAUUACAAAAUAU